AUGGAGACAUACGUUGCGCUCCACCAACGUGGAAUGGGCUGGCGCAGACAAGCGACGGGCUACAGGGCAACAUCUCAACGCUGGGACACGGGACCGGCAGCGGAGACACUCCCCAUGAAGCUCGCCAGAGACCUGCCUGAGUUCUAUCAGGAAACGAAGCCAGAGAAGUUGGAGGUGGGGGCUCGUGGCUAUGGCGGCGGCGCCGCCAUGAGCGUGGCUGUAGCCAGUGAGAGGGGAAAGAUUGGGAAAUGA